CAGCAGUGUGUUUGGCCCUCAGUCACAGUCUGCCUUCGGUCUGGAACAACAACAUGUAUAUCAAAUUUUGUCGUAAUGUAAGUGGAGGUCAUGCCAAAUUACCAGAGGAGGCAAAAAAGUUAACGGUAGAAUUGAAGAAACAGCUUGAGCAAGAUCUGAAGGUCCGGAGCAAUCUUGGUGUGUACCGGGCCUUUUGCUUAGUGCUGUCUCUCAUCUGUCUGGUUCUACUGAUGGUCAUCAUCGCCCUCUGUAUCAAAUUGCAAUCCCAGCCCCCGGUCUGCCAUGAGACUGAAAAAUGGAUUGAGGCCAAAGAGGAGGGGGGUAAUGUGAAUGGUGAAAGGAAUGAUGGGAAGGAGGAGGGGUCUCAGAUCUUUCAGAUAUGCAGCCUCCAGAAAUGCCAAGCACAUUACUCAGAACAAUUCAGCCUUGACUGCAACAAAUGUGAAAAGGGCUGGCAGUACUUUGAAAGCACCUGCUACUUCCUCUCCCAGAACAGAAUGACAUGGAACGGGAGCAGGGAUGAGUGUAAAAGGAGAGGGGGAGAUCUGGCCGUCAUAAGUAACCAAAGAGUCCAGACCUUCCUAACGAAGAAUGGGAACCUGAUGUACUGGAUCGGCCUGAGACAGAGAACAGGGACCUGGGUCUGGGUGAACAACACUGCACUGGGGCACAGUUACUGGUCAGAGUCCAGUAGACAGUACGACUGUGGCAUAAUAAAGGGCAAGGAUCCUCCAGAGAGAAGUUGGAACUCCUCACCUUGUCAUGUCAACAGCUUCUACAUCUGUCAAAAGGGCGCUAGAGGACAGGUUACUACAUCACCAGGCUCUGGUCUUUGAGAGCUGCAGGAUGCGUGUGCUUCUGUUACAACCCAGCAAUAACACACAUGAUUCUGGUAGUCUGUUGAUCAUCAUGAUUAGCAGGCUCAACAUGUAGUCAACAGGGUGCAUGGUUACUGCCACCAACCAGCCAGGAGCAGACCAAGCUACCUUCUGAAACAGUAUCUAUGUCAUAUAUAAUUCAUUCUAAAUCAAUACAAUUUUCUCCAUCAAUAGCCUUGAUCCAACUGUAUUACAUGAAUCUAUAAUUCAUCAUAUAAUAUCAGGAAUGUUAUACAUAAUUAUAUUAAACUUAUGAAAUCAAGUAUC